GAUUCUUCAAUAGUACAUCAAUACACGUACUUGCAGGUACUAAGUCUUCAAAGAGGCGUCCUCCCAAACCCAGAAUGUCGGUAGCGAAUCAUGCUGGAUGGAACCCGUGCGCGUCAUAGCCAUACUUGCCCAGCUGACCAGAGGCGCCAGCGGCGGGCUUCUAGAACCCCAUCAAGCAGCCUCUGCCGAUCUCCACAGCACGCUGUCCCCUAAAACGAGCCAUCGCACACGGCGUCUUCAGCGCUGCCGGCGGUGCAAGACGUUGCCCCCAGGCCUGCCGGAACAGAGCAGCGACUGGAGUUGCAGGGCCUUUGCUGCAGUGCGCCUUCCGCUUUGGUGGCCUUUGCUGCCUGGGCAGGUCCAAGGGAGCGGAUGCCUGUUCCUGCUGUUCCUGCUCCUCCUGCUCCUCCUGCUGCCCCUCCUCCUCCUCCGCGUGCCUCCUCUUCAUCUAAUUCUUCCACUUCUUCAAUCAAAACUACAUUUUCGCACAUCCACAGUGGCCAAUUCCGUUCAGCCUCACGUCGUCGGCGAAUCAACCUGCACAAGCGCAUCGCCGCUCUCCCGAUCGAUCUGAGAAAUCAAAAUACAGGCUCCGACUAUUGAACUAUCGGACGCUACGCUGCGCAACGCACACGAGCUACGCCCGAAUGUCCGCACAUCCAGCGCUGCGGUUGGUCCAGCAUCGCUUGCUCGUGGGGCGGCA